CUCGUUAAUAAGACGCCGGUUUGGAAGUUUACACAGAUGAGAGAUGCAGCCGGGCUGAACGGAAACCCGGUGGAAGAACGAGAGAAACCGGGAGAACGUAGCGACAGACCCCGGUGUGUGAUCCGCUCCAGACCGGGAGAACGUAGAGACAGACCCCGGUGUGUGAUCCGCUCCAGACCGGGAGAACGUAGAGACAGACCCCGGUGUGUGAUCCGCUCCAGACCGGGACUAUGGUUCAGCACACGGAACAUGGCGGGCUCCGGACCCACAGCGUGUCCCAUCCCGGGGAGAGUGAACUGCUGCCGGCCUCGGCUCGCAGCUCCGUGCCGCUGAAACCGGACUGGUGUAAGACCGCGUCCGGUCACAUCAAGCGGCCCAUGAACGCCUUCAUGGUCUGGUCUAAGAUCGAGAGGAGGAAGAUCAUGGAGCAGUCCCCCGACAUGCACAACGCAGAGAUCUCCAAGAGGCUCGGGAAGCGCUGGAAGAUGUUAAAGGACCCCGAGAAGACCCCGUUCAUCCGGGAGGCGGAGCGGCUCCGGCUCAAGCACAUGGCCGACUACCCGGACUACAAGUACCGGCCCAAGAAGAAGCCCAAGACCGAGGGGGGGGGAGCAGGUCCUGCGGGGAAACCUGCCGCUCAGUCCCCCGACAAACCGGCCGUCAGAGCCGGGAACAAGACCCCCACUGCCGCCAAAAAACACCACAAGUUCAAACCCAGCAAACUGGGGGUCGGUCCGGUCCGGGCCGGGAGCCACAUCCAGCAGCACCCCCGGUACCAGCAGCAGGACCCCCGGUACCGGUACGUGUUCACCAGCAGUAAGCUGGUUAAACGGGAGUUUACUGAUGAUGAAGAUGAUGAUGAUGAUGAUGAGGACUCUGAGGAGGACUCUGAGGAGGAGCAGGACUUUAAAACAGAGGAGGGGGACUGCAGCCUGAGCCCCCGCCCUGCAGAGUCCUCCGGUCGGCUCUUCUACAGUUUUAAGAACAUCACCCGGCAGGGGGGGGGGGGCUCCCUCUCUCCUGCCAGCUCGUCCCGGUCCGGCUCCUCCUCGUCCUGCUGCGGGGAGGACCUGGACGACCCCCCCGCUGAGGGCUCUGACUUCACCCUGAACCUCCUGGCCGGCCUGCACGCCUCCUCCGAGCCCUGGAACUCGUCAUGCAGCUCGGUCCCCCCGGGGAACCUGAGCCUGUCCCUGGUGGAUCAGGACCUGGACUCUGUGAGCAGCGAGGGCAGCCUCGGGUCCCACUUCGAGUUCCCGGAUUACUGCACCCCGGAACUCAGCGAGAUGAUCGCAGGGAACUGGCUGGAGGCCAACUACACGGACCUGGUGUUCACGUACUGAUCCCCGAGGGGGGCGGAGCCGCGGGGGGGGACUGAUCACUAUUUUCUGGUUUUGUGUAGUCCGGGUCUGAAGGUAGUCCGGGUCUGAAGGUAGUCCUCACGGGUUUUCUAACUUAAAGUUAUUUAAAAAUGAAACUUAUAUUUUUAAUAGAAUUCAGACAGGAGGACUUUUUGUUGCCAUGGUAACAGACAGGAUCAGACUCUGUGUUCCCCCAGGACUUCAGGACCCUUUAAAUCCUUUAUUUGGUAUGGGGGGGUGUGACAGGAAGCGUUUUGAACAUAACCGGACAAACCUCAUGUUUUUAUGUUUUUAUGUUUUUUUACAGAGAUGAAAAUAUUUUCAGGAUUAUUUUUGUACCUUCAAAGGGACCGAUCAGGCACUUCUUCUUCUUCUUCUUCUUUUGUUAUUGAGCAUGUGCGGAUUCGAACCCA